AGCGCACGGGGCUCCGCGACAGGCGCGACCCCCGCGCGUCCCACCGGUCACCGUCUCCAGGCGUGCCUGAGCCAGCGCCAGCUCUCCCCACCCGCUGCGUCGGCCCGAUGGGGUGGUGACCCUCCGCUCCCCGCCGCGGCGCCAUGUGGCCCAAUGGCACCUCUCUGGGGCCCUGUUUCCGGCCCACCAACAUCACCCUGGAGGAGCGGCGCCUGAUCGCCUCGCCCUGGUUCGCGGCCUCCUUCUGCGUGGUGGGCCUGGCGUCCAACCUGCUGGCCCUGAGCGUGCUGGCGGGGGCGCGGCAGGGCGGCUCACAGGCGCGCUCCUCCUUCCUCACCUUCCUCUGCGGCCUGGUGCUCACCGACUUCCUGGGGCUGCUGGUCACCGGCGCCAUCGUGGUGUCCCAGCACGCCGUCCUGUUCGACUGGCGCGCCACGGACCCCAGCUGCCGCCUCUGCCAGUUCAUGGGCGUCAUCAUGGUCUUUUUCGGCCUCUGCCCGCUGCUGCUGGGGGCCGCCAUGGCCUCGGAGCGCUACCUGGGCAUCACCCGGCCCUUCUCGCGGCCCGCGGGGGCCUCGCAGCGCCGGGCCUGGGCCACGGUGGGGCUGGUGUGGGCGUCGGCGCUGGCGCUGGGCCUGCUGCCCGUGCUGGGCGUCGGCCGCUACACGGUGCAGUACCCGGGCUCCUGGUGCUUCCUCACGCUCGGCGCCCAGCCCGGGGACGUGGCCUUCGGGCUGCUCUUCACCCUCCUCGGCAGCCUCUCGGUGGGGCUGUCCUUCCUGCUCAACACGAUCAGCGUGGCCACCCUGUGCCACGUCUACCACGGGCGGGCGGCCACCCAGCAGCGGCCGCGGGACUGCGAGGUGGAGAUGAUGGCUCAGCUGACGGGCAUCAUGGUGGUGGCCAGUAUCUGCUGGAUGCCGCUGCUGGUCUUCAUCGCCCAGACGGUGCUGCGCAGCCCGCCCGCCAUGAGCCCCAGCGGGCAGCUGUCGCGGGCCACCGAAAAGCAGCUGCUCAUUUACCUGCGCGUGGCCACCUGGAACCAGAUCCUCGACCCCUGGGUGUACAUCCUCUUCCGCCGGGCCGUGAUCCGCCGCCUCCACCCUCGCCUCAGCGCCCGGCCCAGGUCGCUGUCCCUGCAGCCGCAGCUCACCCAGAGACGCCCGGUGCCCUAGAGCCGGUCCGCUGUCGGGGGGAGGGCUCCCCCAGCUGGCGCGUCCCUCGCGAGGACACAGCAGCCUGUC